CCGUGCCCUCCAACUCGGAGCCAACCUCUGGAACGGCGGGGAGAUGUACGGUCCUCCCGAUGCCAACUCCCUCCACCUACUAUCCUACUACUUUACCCAGUACCCGGAAGACAGCAACAAAGUGAUUAUCAGCAUCAAGGGAGCCGCUGGCCCUGAUGGUCCAGACGGCAGCCCCGAGAAUGUCCGCGCUAGUGUCGAGAAUUGCCUGAAGAUCCUCGACGGGAAGGUCUUUAUUAGUAUUUUCGAGCCCGCGAGAGUCGAUCCGAAUACUCCUAUUGAAACUACCAUCUCGGUGCUAAGCGAGUACGUCAAAGCGGGGAAGAUUGGGGGUAUCGGGCUGAGCGAGUGUAAUGAGCAGACACUGCGACGGGCCCAUGCCGUGUACCCUAUCGCUGCAGUGGAAGUCGAGCUCUCGCUGUUUUCGACGGAUCCGUUGAGUAACGGAGUUGCCAGGGCUUGUGCGGAACUGGGGAUUGCUAUGGUAGCAUAUUCGCCCUUGUCCCGAGGGUGGUUAACAGGUCAGGUACGUUCGCUGGAUGAUCUUCCCGCUGACGAUAUCCGUCGUAUUUUCCCCCGGUUUCAGCCGGAGGUAUUUCAUCUCAAUUUGAAACUGGUCGAGCGGAUUGAGGAGAUCGCUGUGGAGAAGGGGGCAACUCUGGCGCAGACGGCUCUGGCCUGGGUGAAGGCUCAGAAUCGGGUUGAGGGGAUGCCUUUGAUUAUUCCUAUUCCUGGGUGUAUUACUGUUGCGCGGGUGGAGGAGAAUUUGGUUAACGUGGAGUUGACGGAUGGGGAGGUGGGGAGGAUUGAUGGCAUCCUGAGGGAGAUUCCGGUGUUUGGGAAGAGGUAUCCGGAUGUUUGGGAGCGGUUUAAUGAUUUGUGAAUUUUGGGGGUUUACAUGUAGAGUUGUG